ACAACUUCAAACUACAAUCACCCACCAGUCUAGGCCUUCCCUUAUCCCAGUGCAUCGUCUACCGGGUGAGGUGCGCGCGCGCAGCUCGCACUGAUUACAGUGCAGUCCGCCCUCGGUGCAGCAUGGCCGCGCGCGCUACGAUCGCGUCUCUCGCGCUGCUUGCGUUAGCUUGCGUUGCGUACGCGCAGGAUGCAACAAUCUACAUAGAUGCCUCCAACAAAACGCACGCCAAGCUUGACAUUGAACGGGAGAACCGCAAGGAGCUGGAGAGCCUCAUCACAGACCUUCAGAGCACGAAGGAGGAUGCACAGCUCCUCUACAUCGACUACGCUUCGAGAGCCGGCAACGACCUGAAGACCUUCCUCAGGAACAUGACCGGGUUCGCAGACAACGUCAUGAAUAAUCUGGACCCUGAUGAUAAGUUGAACGAUACGGACGAGUGCUGGAUGAAGUUCGAGUAUCGGGUGAAGAAGAUAGAGCAUGACGCACGCAAGGCCGCCGUCUUCAGCGGAGACAACCACCACAAGUUCCUCAUGGGACAUAUGAUCGUGUUCCGGAUGCAUCUCAAUAAGAGCGAAGAUUAUCUCAAGAGAUGCGAUAAAGUCACCAGAAAAUGUGGUCUUCCAUGUGAGACCACUCCACGUGUAAAACGCUGGCGCCGUUUAGCUCUCGACGAGAUUCACCGCGUGCGUGAAGACAUGCAGUUCACGAGACGGUCGUACAGGGACCUGGUCUCCCACGCCCGUCGGAAACUGAACCACUUGAGGAAGCAGGCCAUCAACAGAGCCAGGAGUGCUGUGGAAGACUACAAGUAUUGUUUACGGAGAGGGUAGGGAUCAGUUUAGUUUCAGUUGAAUUGGAAAUGGAUCUGGCAAUUGAGGUGGACUCCAACAGCUGAUGGACCUUCUUUACUGAAGUGGUUCUUUGAGAAGACUGUUCGUUGUCAGAGAUAGGUAGUUGAAUGAGAAGGAAAUUAUAGAUAAUAUUGUUUUCAAAUUGAAAGAAUUGUUUCUGGUAUAAUUGAGUUAUUGAAUUUCGGUCUUCCGAAUAGUUUUCUGUUUCAACGUGAAAGCUUUUUCUUGUGUUUUAAUAAAACAUUAAUAAUCUCUUUCAGAUUCAGGCACCAUUAACAUUUGCUUGCUAACGCCACGUUUAAAAUUGAUAAAGUCAACAAAUUGUCUUUGUCACUUUUUUGUGGACUGUAGAGACAGAAUAUCAUUAAAUAACGUCGCUUAG